AUGGCAGCUAAAAAGAUAAAACUAGAACAGGAUAAGGAAUUGAAGAUUUUUAAAGAACAACAGAAGCAAGAUAUGAAACUUUUAAAACAAGAACAUGAUUUGCUUCCAAAAGGAAGCAAGAAAGAAGCUUUUCGUAAACGUAAAGAAGAAAAGGAAAUUGAACAAUCAGAAAAGGAACGUCAAUUCUUGGAAAAUCAACGUGAACGUAUGGAAAAACACAUGAAACAGUUAGCUGACCAGCACAGACAGAAGAUUGCUCUAUUAGAGAGUCAGUACUUACAACAGAAACAGCAAUUAUUACGAGCUCGAGAAGCUGCUCUAUGGGAAAUGGAGAAAAACCAAUUGCAUGAUAAACAUCAGCUUGCUAAAGGACAGCUAAAGGACCUCUUCUUCUUAAAACGCCACCAAAUGCUCAAUCGGCACCAAAAGGAAAUUGACCAGAUGAAGAGAAGCAAUCAAGCUAAAGAGGAGGAGGCUCAACGGUACCAACUUCUGGACAAGAAACGUCAUCCGAAAGUAAUUAAAAACCAGUCCAAAGUGCGGGCACAGAUGUUCAAACAGAGUCUUCGUCUGAGCACAGUUGGAUCUCCUGAGGAAGACCGACUCAAGAUGAAACAGUUUGAAGAGAAUGAGAAGAAGAGAAUGAAAUCUGAAGCUGCUCGGUUGGAAGCAAAACAUAAAAAGCAGUGGGAGAAACUUUUACUUGAUAAUGAAACUGCUCUUAGAGAACUUGAGCAAUUACAGGCUGAAAAGCGCAAGAUGUUGAUGGAACAUGAAACACAGAAAAUUAAAGAAUUGGAUGACCAGUACCAGAAUGAACUCAGGGAAUGGAAAAGUCAACUGGUUCCCAGGAAACAGAAAUUGGAAGAAGAGUUUUUCCAUCAAAAGGAAGACCAAGAGAAAUUCUAUGGUAGCGCCCUGAGUUCUGGAGAUGGCCCUACUUCUCACUCCACUCUCAGUCCAGGAAGUCUACGAAAGAAGGACCCUUCGUCUGCCCGACAUUCUACAAUCAUUUAA